AUGCUGAUAUAUUUGUUGUAGUUUCUUUAUGGGUUUGUGAGACGAGUCCUUUCUUCACUCCUAAGGUUACUGAGUUCAUGGCCUUUCCUGCUGCCCUCUGAAUUCUUAUGGUUGCGAGUUUCUAUUAUAUGACCACUUCACAAAUUUGCCCUCUGAGCAGUUUCUUUCUUUCUUCCUUUUCUUUUCCUCAGGAACUGACCAAUUUCUUAUGGUUUAAGUCAUUGCCUUCUUUCUUGAUCUCCAAGCCCAGGCAACGAACCCGUUACCCAAACGUGUCUCCUUUUGUUUAUCUGAGUUUGAGGAGCGUCACUGCUGACCAAUCUGUUGCCUUCUCAUUGACCACUUUACCCCUUUAUACGUGGCUUCUUUUUCCUCAUGCACUUGGUGAUAUCUGUUGCUUAUAAACAUGGUCCAAGAAUCGAUUUUUCUUUCACUUUGCUUCGUUUCGCUGUUGCCCUCAUCCUUAUAAUUACGUGUCACACACAGGUCUCGAUCUUCCCCCAUAUAUACACAGAGCGGUAGGAGCGAUGGACCAUGAGAUGGAGCAGAAGGGAUGUCUCUGCCGGAUCAAGAACUGCGCCAUCGAGCUCUUCUCUGCUAUGGAGGAGGAUCUGGAGGUGGACGACGAGGACUCGUGGGACCUCGUUGGAAGGGACCUUCGGCUAAAGGCCACCUUCCUGUACAUUGACCUCAGCCGUGUGAUCACCUUCUGCGAGGGCGAAGAGCAUAAGAAGGCGCUCACUGUCCUUGCCAACAAGUUCUUCUACUCCAUGGAUGAGCUGAGCGACGCAGUGGAGAGCAGAAGCCUCCCUCUGACGCAGGUGCGGUACAGCGACACCGCUGACGCGCUCCGCGAGGUGGUCGCCGUCCUCGCGCCGUCCCUGCUGCAGGUCGGCCCGCAUGAUCCGGAGGAAUAGAGAGAUCAGUCUCAGAUGCGCCCCCUGCCUGGCCCCUGCAGUGCAAACGCGAUAUGUCGUCGUGACGCGGGCGAGAGCUGGGAGCUGAUAGAGAUAGGAUAGCUCAUAUAUAGCUCGAAACCUGCAGGACAGUGGACAGACGUACGGUGAGACGGGUGAGGCAGCGUGACAGAAAAAUGCCGUGUGCGAUCACCUUCACACCUGUGUGUGGCUGUGUAUACAUGUCUCAGAUUUGGGUUGCCGUCUCUUCCCCGCCCCCUUUGCGUUUCGCGUGCUGCCGAUAUAUGCUCUGCUGCUCUCUGA